ACUGUCUCAAAGGGUGGGGUGGGUUCUGCCUGCUCAGUCAGUGCCUACUCAUUCAGAAGCAGCACGUUCUUUGUACGCCGAGGGUUGCUCUGGUGCGGAUGACAGUAAACUCGGUUGUCUGUGGUAAUGUAAUUUUUUGAUUGGUUGUGCUUGGUGCUCCAUCAAGAGUGUUUAGUGAAAAACUUGCCAUACGGGAACUAGACCGAACGUUGUUACACGCAAAGUCGUGUUGUGUACCUAGUCGAAAAGAUGAAAGCGAUGUGUGAUAAAUGAUACCAAGUGCGGGCUGCUGCAAUCGAGAUAAAAUUGCUUUCUUUGAUAACAACGAACGAAGCCAGCCAGGCAGGCAGGCCCCUUUUCUGGUGGGCUCCGUCCGGUUCUCUCCUAAGAAGGGAAACUAGGUCGUCUGCUGUAACUGGAUUCUGCUCUCUUUGGGCUUCACCGCUCUCUCUUUCUCCUCGCGCACCCGUGGUCCUGAUUUGGAUGCUGUUGUGUGACUGUUGUUGACCUGGAAAAUCGGGAGCAGCAAAAUCGAAACGCAACACGGAACCAAAUUUGGAUGGUGAUUGUUUUUUGGUGAAAUCUGCCUGCCUCAAUCGAUGACAAAAGGGACAUUUUCAAAAACAGGUUAUUCGCGGCAGCAUGAUGCGUAGUGACCGCGGAUUCUAACGAAAGUCGAAACCCAUCCCCCCCCGGUCGGUGGUGAUGUGUGCAGUGCAAUCCUGGAGAAAAUUGUUGAUUUGUUGAAAUGAUUGUUUAGAGUUUGGGGAGUGAAUAAGUUUGAAAUAUAGUGUGAAAUUAGUCAAGAAAGUGUAUAUUUUAGCCCAGCUGUGCGUUUCUUACAUAGAGUUCCGUUUCCGAGUACGAGUUCAAAGUCAGCAUUGUUUAUUGAGUAACCGCAGAGGCGCAUGUAGCAAGAGCGGAUUUGUGUGGGUGUGAUGCAACGAGGACGAUGAAGGCAAGUGCGGACGGUCGAGUUGAAGAAACGGUGGAAGUAGUCAGUGAAUAUUCAUGAAAGAAGAGAGGAGCAUGUAGCCCAGAUGUGAUCAGCCGGCCAAGAGAUAGAGUAGAUGUGCGUUCGUUGAUUUGCUUUGUGUUUUCUGUUAUCUGGUUUAGUCAUUACACUCGGCGCGUAGUUGUGUACGUGCGUCGGUUGACGGAGGUAGUGAACGAAAGGCAGUCUCUAUCGCGAGAGCAAAAUAAAACGGAAUAAUAUCGAAGAAAAUAACGACCAGGGGAGGUCAACAGAACUGCGUGUUUACAUCACAGCUGAGGCAGAUGACUUCACGUGAUCCGUAGACAGCCAAUUGUACGCGUUCCUAGUGCCAAAUUGUUUCUCAGUCAGUUGUUUACAGUUAAGAUAUUAUAACAACAAUACCGCUGAAAUCAUGUCGCUCGAUUCGAUGGGACCAUCAGCCGUAGGCGGAGGCAGUUCCGGUGUAGGAACUCUAUCCGGAACCAGAAUGAUCCACUCGCUCAGUACACCGUCCGGUGUGGACGGAACGAUUUCGACUUCACAUUCUCGGGGCGGCAAAAAACUAGCCGUUCGGAUUCAGAUGCUCGACGACUCGGUUACCAUGUUCCAGGUUCAGGCAAAAGCUCUCGGCAAGGUACUUUUUGAGCAAGUAUGCCGCCAGCUAAACCUGCUCGAGGCGGACUACUUCGGGCUGGAGUAUCAGGAGGCUCCAUCGGGAACCAAGUACUGGCUGGACCUGGAAAAGCCGCUGAAUCGGCAAGUUGGCCUGUCGCUCAUCGAACCGAUGCUGCGAUUCUGUGUCAAAUUCUACACUCCCGAUCCGCUGCAGCUGGAGGAGGAAUACACCCGGUACCUGUUCUGUUUGCAGGUCAAGCGGGAUCUGGCGACCGGGAGUUUGCAGUGCAACGACAACACGGCGGCUCUGAUGGCUAGCUAUAUCGUGCAAGCAUCCUGCGGAGAUUACGCACCGGAGGACUAUCCAGACCAUACGUAUCUGUCAUCGUAUCGAUUCGUACCUCAACAGGAUCACACCAUGCAGCGGAGGAUAAUGGAAAAUCACAAGAAACACUUAGGACAAUCGCCGGCGGAAGCGGACCUCAAUCUACUGGAAACGGCCCGUCGGUGCGAGCUGUAUGGCAUGAAGAUGCAUCCUGCCAAGGACCAUGAAGGCGUUCCGUUGAACCUGGCAGUGGCGCACAUGGGCAUCGCCGUCUUCCAGGGUAUCACUCGAAUAAACACAUUUUCCUGGGCCAAAAUUAGGAAAAUCUCGUUCAAGCGGAAAAAGUUUCUGAUAAAACUGCAUCCGGAGAAUUACAUGUAUCACAAGGACACCGUCGAGUUUUUCUUCGAAGGUCGCAACGAGUGUAAAAACUUCUGGAAAAAGUGUGUCGAAAAUCAUGGCUUCUUCCGCUGCUCGACGAUUCAGAACGUACAGAGGCGGAAAGCUCGUGUACUAUCCAGGGGCAGUUCGUUUAGGUACAGUGGCAAAACGCAAAAACAAAUCAUCGAAUUCGUUCGCGACAAUUACGUAAAGCGACAAACGUUCCAAAGGUCUCAGUCUUUCCGUCAGGGUCCUCUACAUUCAAGUAACCGAAGCCAAUCACGCACUUCAUGUAACGUGAAUCAAAGCAUCUCGGCUCAUCCUUUACUUCCGAUCGAAACCGCGGAAUGGGAACGUCGCAGUCAGAGCAACGUCUUGAAGACGCCUUCUCAGACGAGGAAACCAGUGGAUAUGGGGGAGGAUCACCGACCCGGCAGUCCUACCGGCCGCAACCGUUCUCAGCUCACGGAAGCCCAGGUGGAGACCUAUCCGACGAGGAACUAUACCCAAACGGGAAUGGAUACAUCAUCGGCGGUGGUGGACCGCCAUCAGCAGCAGCAGGGCAACCAGGACUCGAGUCGCUCUGCAUCACCGGGGGGCACCUGGAGUUCGCCCUAUCACCCCAGCAACAACAACAACAACAACAACAGCAGCAGCCAUGUGCGAGAAGCCGAUCGGGUUCGUGUACGUCAAGACGGUCUCAGUUCCGGUCUGAGCCACCGCCUCUAUGCCACUAUGUCCCCCAGUUACAUUCAUCGCAACCCCAGAUAUACCACGCAGCCGCAGCAGCGUCGGGCCUCAGCCGGGCCGCUGGGUCAACCGGGGGAUCGCAGCAGUUCUAUGGGGGAGACAACGGUCUCCUCCACCAGCCGGGAGAGUGUUUUAUCGCCGGCGGCGGACAUCCACAUCAGGCGCUCUUCGGCAGUGCCGGCAGCGGGCCACAUGGGCCAAUCGGGAACCAGCAGCUCUCAAUCCCACCAUGCCACACUAGCCCGUUAUAACAAUACGAGUACCUAUUCGAUGUCUAAGUCGGUCAGCACCGGUACCGACCUGUCGGACGAUAUUGCCGAUAACAUUAUCUACUCGGACAUUAACGAUCUCUACCGCCGUGGCCAACGAUCUGAUCGACAAGUCACCAUCGGUAUCAUGGUCAACGGUGGGGAGAGCGCUAGUGCUGCCGAAGAUGAAGAAGAAAUUAUGGACGAGGUGCUAGAUGAAAACGCCAUCCGGUCAACGUACGUAGAUGAUGACGAAGAGGACGAAGACGAAAUCGACAUCCGCUACGCUACGGCAACCCAGAUCAAGGUGAUGACUGGAGCCGCAUCCAGCAUUUCGAUGAAUAAUGCUAUAAGCAAUACCGUCGUCAGUGACGAUCUUUAUGCAACGGUGAAUAGAAAAGGCAAAGCCAGAAAACAACAGCUGCAACAAUCACAACCAAUACAAGCCAAUACAGCUCAUCAUACCGGUAAACACUUCAGUGACGAGUUCAUAGACGAUAGCAUUAGAAAUUACAAUAGCCAUACUAACAUAAGUAGUCAUGUAAACGCCUCUAGUGUAGGUCAGCUCAACUAUGUCAACGGCGAUAUGUACGCCAAAUCUUCAACCCACUUUGACGAAUAUUUUGGCGCUAAUCGGUACUCCGACACGUCGGACUACUUCAGUCACAGUCAUAGCCAGCCACAUUACUCCCAUUCGCCAAAUUCUCACUCGUUAGCCACGACUAUAACGCACAAAAAUGGACUUACCGAUGAUGACGAACGCUACUCGCAGUCUCUUCCACCACCAGUGCAUCCACGAACUUCGCACUCGUUGCCCCGUAAUUCUGAAUUGGCAAAGAUCGAUUCCUUAGAUUCUUCCUAUAGUGGUGGAGGAGCAGAACAUCAUCUGAUCGGUCAUCAUUCGCUUAGUAAUCUUCCGAAUUCCUCAAAGGUUACCAGUGACUAUCUUCACUAUUCGACCUUGCUGAAGAAUGCCGAGGAAGAUGGUAUGAAUAGUAAGAAAACGUCUUCGGAACGGUUGGAAUACGAGCUGUCUAACGCGAAUCUUUACUCCACGGUUCAGUACAAGGGUACCUAUGACGAUCAGGAAGAGUACGAAGACGACUAUACGGGUGGCUAUCCGACUGACGCAAAUGGCAUUGGGAAGGAUAUUUGGCGGCGGAGUACCUCGUGCAAGGAGUUGUACGAUUACAACUACGAUGCGGCAGGAAGGCUGGACUUCUCGUCACUUGAACGAGAAUUUCUGACUUCUGACCGUAUCGAUAGUCCCGUAACGCGAUAUGAUGACUCUCACCACUCGAUGUACAUACAGAAAAAUCACUCCAUGGAUAUAGGCCAGGAGUUCUUGGGCACCGACGGAAAAGUCUAUUCGUCCAGCUACCCCGGUACGACUUACAAUACGAUUGAUCAUAACAGCUAUAAACGUAAUAAUGGGACUUUCUAUUCUAACUUUGAAUACGGAUCCCAGGAUGAUAUCUCACAUGACAGCUAUGAGCUGUUGGAGAAAUCCGAUGAUGACAUUUAUUACAGGGUGAAAGAUGAACCUCACACGCGAUCUUGUUCGUUAGAUUCUGGGAACUACAUUCCUACGGAUGACGAAAGUGUCUCCGAACAUCACUCGCACCACCUUUCGCGGUUCGCCAGAUAUCGUUCCAGUUUGGAGACUAAAUCCAAAAGUACGGCAGAUAUCGACGACCUGGACGAUAUGUUCCUUAUGGAGGAUCCACGAGAUCUUCCACGGGAAAAACUGUGUGUUAAAUCUGAUGGUAACUUCUACAAACAGCUCAAAAAAGCGAUGGGCUCUAGAACAUCCAGCCCGGAGUCACGUAGCGAUUGCUACGAAUCCAAGUUGUCGAAAAGCAGUGAUUCGAGCAAGAAAUCGAAAGAUAGCGUCUACCACACGGAUAGUAACAAGAAGUCCCGCGAGACUCUGAAAAGUAAAUCCGGAUCUGGAUUUAACUCUAGAACAUCUAGCCAGGAUUCACGAGACUCCUUCGGGAUGGAUAUCCUGUUAACGAAAAACUACGAAAUGCCGACGACUACGAGCAAGAAGGCGAAAUAUCUUAGUAAACGCUUCGAUAGCAGUUCGCGAAAUUCUAGCCAAGAAUCGAAGAGCGAUUACUACGAUGCCACCGAGCAGGCAGUCGAACUGGAGGAUGUCGAAUCGGAUGAGAUAUAUUCUCGAGCGAAGGUUCAUUCCCACGACAAUAUUCCCGGUGAAGUCGGUGGAGUUCCAACCAAAAACGCCAGUACCGGCUUUUACGAUAAUCAGAUCUACUCGUCGACGUUCCCUAGUGCCCAGUCGAAGCCACCGGCAAAGACAACCUCGCACGUGACUUCAAUUUCACUGCAAAAUGUGGAACUAGAUCGCAACGCUCGUAGUUACCCAUCGUUCAAAUCUCCCGACCCGGUGGGGCCUCAGGCGAUGCCAAAACCAAUCGAUAAGCAACUUCCGAAAGCGACACACAUCUGGCCAGAAGAGAUCGAAGGCCUACCGACUACGAUCAGCAGUGAUAGCCAACGGAUUGACCGUACGCGCGCUUUUCGCAGAAAAUCUGACAGUGAGAAUAUCUUCAGCUUUGACAAAGAGAAAAUUGAGUCAUUGACCAGCAGUAUGAACGACGAAACACCGACCACCGCCAUACUGGUGGAGACCAAAGCGAAAACAAGUCCCGAUUAUCCAUUGACUCCGGAACUGUUAUCCGAAUUUGACAAACAGAAGAUCGAAUCUCCCCAUGCUCUCCCGAAGCAAACCCGCAAGGAAGAAUUAAUGGCGAAAACACACUUCGAAGAAUACAAUCCAAAAUUGAUCCUGGAUACACCGAUCCCGGGUGUCCUAACCUAUACCCACGCUACUGUCGAACGUACCAAAUCGGAUCCAAACUCGUUGGCCAAUCGACCUCGCUUGGGACCGAACUCCCGCCGUCACACCCUAAUGCACCAGAAAUCCAUCGAUCUUACUCCGGCCGAUUCAAGCGAGGAAGAAUAUCUCUACAAACAGAUUCCAAGUGCUCCACCUCUGUGUAAAUCUCACGGUAGCCAUUUCGAAAUUCCCCAAAGUUACGACAUGAACAUGACGGCGAUGGAAUUACCGCCGAACGGUUUCGAGGUUCCCAAAAGCUUCUUCAAAGACUACGAUCGUCGGAUGCAUAAGGUGCUCAAAGAUGAUAUCCCGUACGUUCUGCACAAACGUCACAUAAUGAACGGAACGGCUCCUUCUCCAUUGCUAGAGAAACAGCACCGAUAUCCGAAACCGAAAAGUCCCAAAUCCCCCAAGAGUCCAAAAUCUCCGAAAACACCCAAGUCCCCAAAAAUGGAAAUGCGGGACAUGGCUGCCCAGAAAGAAAAUACUCUUCGCGUACAGGAUGACUACGAAGUUGAGGAGGCGGACAAUGGUCAAGGAUUUCUGUUUACCCAAAACAUCGACUUAUCCAAAGUGGAUCCCGUGACACUAGAAGUAGACAAGUCAGUUCAAACUAUCCAGCUAACUAGUCCGAAGCGGGACAUAACAAAGAAAAUGGACCCGCUGAUGCUGGAACAACUCAACAACAAGCUUAGUCAAAUCGAAAGUGAUUCGGCUACGAGUUCCCGAACGGAAAGUAACCCGAACAAGAAGCUGGAACCGAAGCCAGUCGAGCUUCCGUACCAGAUUGAAAAGAAAAGUGCUGAACUCUCGGUACCUAAACGUGUAAUCAAACCACGCAUGGCCCCGGUGAAAACGAAGACCGGGAAGGGCAAGAAGAACGCAAAAACACGCAUCACAUCAUUCUCGUCCGACGACGAAAGCUUGGAUUCGGACGAUGUCUUCGGUUCUGCGGAAGCCAUGCCUACGAAGCUGGAAUUUUCCCCGCCUCAAUCGCGAAAAGAAAUCGAACCUAUUCUGAAACACGAAUCCAGCAAAAUGGCCUCCAAUGCGUGGGCCCGGGGACAGACGAUGAGCUCGACGGAGAUUGAAGGAUCACCACCGCAGUGCAGAAAACUGGCCGAGCUGGAGAGCCGCUAUCAUACCGGACCAAAUCUUAGUACCCAUCAAAUGACCAGCACGGAACUGCGAAGAAUCUCCGAGCGAUCCUUCUCGAUUCCUAGCUCCGAAGAUGAGGCGAAGCGGGAGGAGUCUACCAAGGCGUACCACAAAGCCGAGAACAUACCAUCACCCAUCAUCGAGUCGUCUAUCGAGCUUCACCGCACGGACGACGAAAUCUACGAAACGGCUCACGAGGACAACUUGGGUUUUGCGAAAACUUUGCGGAGGGAUAUAGCUAAAAAAUCGAAAGACGAUUUGCUUGGAACGUCAAAAAGAGGAGAAUCCAAGCUGUCUCCAUCGAAGACCAAACUCAUCGAAGAAAUGAUCGAUUCGUCGAUCGUGAUGCGCUCGAAAGGACAUGCCCCCAUUCUUUUCGCUCACGCCCGCUUAAAUCUAAGCGAAGGAUCGGCUUUUGCAUCACUUCAACGGCAGAGGGCGACGCAAGAUUCACCCACUUCCGGUCGUCGUGCAAAAAGCUUAGACGCACCCGUUAUAUCUCUUCACAAGCUACCCCCGAUGAAUGCGUUCUCUUCCAAGGAUGACACCGUGGGUUACGACGAAGAAGAAGCGGAAGUACUGGAGGUCAAGCCACUGCAGAAGAAAGACCAAAUUAUCGAAGAGGAGUUGGACGAGUCGGUCCAUUCCUGCGGUGAUGUGAUUGUUGUUACUGAUUCGAAAGCUUCCCGAAAAACAUCCACCAUCGAUGACGAGGAGAUUCGAAUGGUUCAAAUAGACGAUGACGAGCUGGAACUGCUGGAUCGUUUGAAAUAUAUUGAAAAAAUUGAAUUGCAAGGAGUUAAAAUUAAGGAGAAACGUAAAACGAAGACGAAACUGAAGAGUGGAGAUCAGUUAAUUCUGGAAAUUCCGAAGUACAAGUUUGAGCCGUUCAGUUCGGGAAACAGUUCGAUCAAAACUUCGCCUGCGAUCAGUCGUGCCAGCAGUGUGGAAAGUACCGGGAAAAUUCGACAGAAAACCGAGAGCGGUACACAAACUCCAACCGGCGGCACUGCAGCUGUGAAGCCAAAGUGUAAAUCAACCAGUCCCAAAGGAUCGGAAAAGAUUCCUCAACCCAAGCGACGGGCUUCGGAUGAUGUUAAGAAGAGUUCUCCUAAUGAUAUCUUGCGUACCAAGAGUCAAGAAUCUCUAGGGAAGAAGGGCAGUACUAAGGAAAAGUCGAAAUCCCUAGACAAAAUGGAACUGAAGCGGUUGGGAAGUAAGGAGAAGAAAUCGGUAGAAGAAAGUGAAAUGGAACGUGCUCGCCGCAAGGAACGGCAGCAGAAACUGUACGAAUCUGCGAUGAAGCAAACGAUCACCAUGUUAAGCCCGGUGAAGGAUCAAUUGCCGCAGUUUCCUCCGGUAUCCGAGGACAAAAUAUCGGUAAAAACCGAAGGAGAUAAGAUUAUCAUCGACGCGGAAGUUAAGUCUAAACCCGAGGAUCUUGUGUUCAUCGCGAAGGCUCCCCGGAAGUUGGAUUGCGGACUAGCAAAGAUUAGUCGUAGCUUUGAAGAUCAGAAAAGCGUUGAGAAGCUGGAUAAAGCCAGUCGCAGUUUCGAUGAUCGCAGCAAGUCGUUCGAUGACCAUUCGGACAGGUCGGAACAUGGCAACGCCGAUGACAGUAGCAGUAUAGUUAUAAAGUCUCCCACGAAGUUGUCAAGAAGUCAGGAGUUGAAACAGAAGAUCGAGGGGUCGGUGGUGCAUAAAAGGAUUGAAGGCAAGUCGAAAAGUUUGGAGAAGAAGACUGAACCGCAGUACUUGGAUAUAGAGUAUAAAACACGAAGUUUAGACCAGAACUACGUUGAUCAUUGCGGGGAUAAUACUUCGCCGGAUUCGGAAGGUAGUGCACACGGUAGAAAGCAGGAAGUGGUGAAGGUUGAUGUUCAUCGACCGAAGGUCGAACCAUCCGACGCGGAUCGUAAACGUGAUCGAAAAUCUACAGACAACGACAGUAAACCAGCGGACGAUCGCACACGAUUCGAUAAGGGCAAAAGCCUGGAUGCCAAUCUAGGCAAUGAGAAGGACAAGGCUCCAGCAAUGGAACGUAGAUCGCACUCACAACCGGAUGAGUUUACCGGUGAAAUUGAUAUGCAGGACAUCAUUACGGAACGUCGAACACUAGAUCUGAUGAAGAGACGGUCCGAGGAGAGAACACUGGAUUAUGGAACUGCACUCGUGGAGACUGAAGAUCGUAAGCCUACUAAGAUGGGUAGCGAGGAAUCGUUGACCGAAGUUAGCGAAAUGAAAGCGGAUCAUAAAAAUUAUUACCCAUAUUGUCGUGUUCCCACGAUCGAGUACGAAGAACCGUCUCUGGAAGAGGAUUUAGAAGAAGUGGAGAUUCCGGAGAAACCAAGCAGAAAAGAAAUAAUGGGCAAGCUUAAUCUGGAGAGAAGCAGAAGCGAUGAAACAACUUCUUGGGUAACCAUCGAAAGUGAAGAAUACACGGGAACAGAUGGAAUAGGACAGCCGGAGAAUGAGGAAGUCGAUGAGGUGCACAAGUUCGAAACGCAAGCUACGUUUGAUGACAUCAGAGACUUUACUAUGCCCGAGUCUGAGGUAUCGACCUCGGAUAUCACAGUUAUUCAGAAAAAAGUAAAGAGUAAACCGGCUCCGGAUGCAAAGUCAUUUGAUCGACCUCUUCCAAAGAUCCCAGAAAAAUCUAAAAAAGACAAAUCUGUUUCCAAGGAAGAACCGAAAAUUGUCCAGGAGGAAGUUCCAGGUAAACAAGCUUCUCAACGGCGAGGAGAUUUCCUCCGGUUAUCCAUUGAACGAUCUCGCAGCUCCGAUACCGGAUCCAGUCGUGAAAAUGACAAUAGUCCCGUACGACAUGACUCCGGCACUCCUCGCGGUAAAGGAUCCCUCGAUGAAGAGUCUAGUUUGAGUUGCUCGAUUGCCCGACCUUUGGGAAUAUCACAAGACAUGGACUCCCUGGACCACCUGAAGUGCAAUGAACUGCGGGAAGCUAUGCUGAAGAUGGAGGAAACUGAUGACGGUAAGAGUUCUGUCAAGAAAAUAUCGCCAACGCUUGAGAAGCAGCAUCCGGUAGAUUUAGGUUCCGGGUCGGAAUUGGAUGUGGAUACGGUUGAAGAUCGCAUUGCUAGAAUUCUCCAGCGGGAUGAGAGUGAGUCCAGCUCGGACAACGGAGCUACUCAAAGGCCAAAAGUUGUGAAACCCGUACGGACAACUUUAAUGCACAAAAAAGUUUGCAGAACCGCUCAACCGAAUGAAAAGCAACAACAACAGACAACGGCUGAGCUAAAAUCAGGAACAUUGAAGUUACUGAGCGCCGAUGGCGAUCGGAGCUCGCUGGAGUCUAAAUCCAGUUUAGAAUCGAAAGGAUCGCUGGGUUCAUUCGAGACCGAAAGCAGUUCAGGAUCACUUGGAGCUGCCCAGCGGAAAGGUGAUCUACAACAAAAAGAAGCUGUAUCGACGUGGAAGCCGUUUCCAAUCGAAAGUUCUGGUAGUUCCAGCGUAGAAGAAAACUGGAUUCCACCCGAUCAGGAAAGCUACGAAAGUUUUGACAUUGCUACCGAAACUAUUGAGCUUCAGCGGGUAGCAGCUCCGGAUCAGAAGGAAUCAUCUCCGGAUGAGCAGAAAGAGAGCGAUUCCGACUUCCAAGAUGAGUUGAACGACUUUCCUGCAACGUUCGGUUACCCAGAGAUGACCUCCUCGCUGGGAAUCAGCAUUAACCCGGUAGCAUACGGUACGGGUUUCGGAAUUGGGAGAACUUUAUCGAGGAUCUCCGAGCGAAGUACGAAUUCUGAAAAGUCCAGCGCUGAAGAUAUCGAAGCUGAGAAAUCCAGUCUGGAAGAUCUUAGCGUUCACGAUGAGUCAGCGAUCUCCAGCGAGCACCAGGCCAGUUUGAGCUCCGAUUUGCAUUCUAAUUCGAACCAGGCCUACAUUUCGGAUGCCGAUCGAAGAACAUCCGCAGAAAUGCCCGAUAUUCCUUGCGACUCGGCUGCGGCCGAGCGCCUUUCAGAAAUCUACAAGAGUAAUGUAGUGAAGAAUGGACGUUUCACCGUAUCCAAUGUCACAGAUGGCGGUAAAAAACGGGAUAAGAAACCGAAUCUACAGUGCUUAUCUGCUGGAGGUAGUCAAGAUUCGGAAGAUUGGCCUUUGCCAGAAAUCCCCUACGACAGUACACCCGUAGACAAGUAUGAUCCAAAUUUUAUCCCGCCUCAUCCCGACAAACCAUAUCCGAAGCAUUACUGGGCUGGAUCGGCAGCGACCGGUCAUUCUCAGGAGUCCGAUAACUGGCCAACGCCACCUUCCAGUAUGCUGGAUAUACCUAUAGUCGAGAACGUUCAAACCUUCCGCGUUAGUGAGAUCCAACAUCCUACCCAGGUCAUGGUGGAAUCCUAUACGGAACCUACCGGGGAUGAUGAUUCCGAUCCUGACUACGCUGAGGUUCCCGAUGAAGCACCGGAACCUCCAAAGCGUGAUUAUCGGCCACCCAACAUCCAAAUCAAAUCGAAUGCAAAUGCUUCCCCGUCCUUGCCGAUGGUGGAUCCCUACGAAAGCAGCACGUCCCACUUGAACGAACCGGUCACCUAUGAAGGUUACGAUAACAACACUUGCCUCAGUAGCGCUCUAGGACCGGCCAGUUGUCUACGUACGACGUUCGAUGCUUGUUCAAGUCAGAGAUCGUUUUCGAAUCAGGGUAUCGGGAAAGAAACGACUCCCGAUCGUGUAAUUAUUUCGCAACCAACGAAGUCCCCGCAGAGUCUGAGUCCCAUCACCGAUGACGAUUUCUUCCUGAAUGACGAAGUCUUUGGUCCAGGAACGGUGAAGAUAGAGAUAUCCCCUGACGAUAGUAAACCUUUGUCGGAUCUCACAAUUCAACAUAAAUUCUCGCGUAGUUCCAACAAUUCCGACACUUCGAUUGACGACAUGCUGUCAGCUUCCUGUACAACCUACAUGGAAGAUACGGUGCGUCGAAAUCUGGAGCCACGAAGAUUAAGCAACGAAUCGUGUAAAAAGUGUAGCCAUAGCAGUCAUUCCGAGGAGGAAACCAGCUCGUUCGGUACCGAUCUUGAUGGUACGGUUAAAAUGGGUUUGCAGCAGAAACGUUGCACCCACAGUUCGCAUUCGGAGGAUACUUCGAUUGGUCUUAGCAUCUCUGAGUGGUCUACCGGUACCAACACGGUGCGACAGUAUGCGAAUCUAUCCGGAUCGGAUAGCCUAUCGGCGGUGUCUAACCAUUCGGGUAAUGCAAAAAGUGAAAAGUCGAAUCACACCAAAAGCAGCGUAAGUUCGGUUCAUAAAUCUACGGAAAGUUUGGAUGAGAAAAGUGUAAGUCUUUCGAGUAACAACAACAAGCGAUUCUCGCUGGAGAAUCUCUCGGAUGGUCCUAGGUACGAACCGUUUAGUAAUUCUGAUACGGAUAAGUUCUCUUCCGGAACGAAGAGCGACGACACGACACUGACAUUGACAGAAAUGGCUCAAACUAUUACGGAGUGGUCGACUAGUAGCAGCAAUACACUGAUUGCUCAGGCAGAAGCAUUGAAACACAUCGAACUGAAAGGUGAUAGAACAAUGAAUCGGACAACGUUCGAAUAUAUACCACUUAAACCACCGAAGGUGGUUAAAAAACCUCUGUUGGAAGACAAGAAAAAUAUUCCAGCUGUACACGCGAAACCAAAACCCAAACAAACCACUCCACCACUGGUGGUAACUCCUGAAGUCGAAAGCAAGCCGCCAAUACCGGAUUUAAUCCCAAAAUCAACCGUAAAAAUCCCACCAAAAAUAGUUGAAAUGAUCGAAAAGUCUCCGAAGCGAGCAGUUCAACCACAACCACCUCCAAUUCAGGAUCAACCUCUUCCUCAUUCGUCUGCAUCUAGAGAUCAGCCCCAGUUUGAACCAGAACCCGAACCAAUAGUUAACCGACGGCGAACACUGGAGAUGAUGUCCCAACGCUACGCCAGUCAAGAUUGCUCCGAAUCGGAACCACUCUCCGAACGCUAUCAAGUCCAGGAAUCGUCGACUCCGCCAUCGAAACCACCUCGGGGAGACUCCCUCCCGUCGGGCAGUUCGGUUCCCAUGGUCGAAAAACCCCUAGCCAAGCAUCACAGCUAUGACGAUAAAACCCUAUCUAAGUCACAAAUCCGAGAGUACAAGUCCACCAAAAUGCGCCACAGUCAAUCAUUCCACGAACACCUGGUCUCUUCGGAUCUUAACAAAAUCGUAGAGGAAAACAUGGGCAGUUCAUCCACGACAACCCACAGUAGCGAAGCUACGGCGAGUACUGAUAACUCUUCGCCCAUGUUCCCCCGGCCGGAGAAACUCGUCCGCUGUUCGCCAUACUAUUCAAGCAGCCUUAGCUCGGAAUCUCCCCCGAUUCAACCUAUGCAGCAACCGCCCGUUCAGAAACCUCCUCGCAAAACGUCUAUCCCGCGUAAUCUUGCCCCAAAGAGCCCACCCAGUGGUAACGAUACCGACAGUUCGAUGGAUCUCCGACAGCAGGAUCCGAAGUUACGCUCACGAGGUUACAGGAAAAAACGAACGGUUCCGCUGAAGAAGAGCCGGCUGGACAACCGACCGCUGGAACAUCAGGAAAGUUCCGAGUGUUCAGAAGGCUACUUCCCAGAGAUUGAAUCCGGUGGGUCCGAUGUGAUUGAUCAGCAACACCCUUACCAUCGUUACCCGGACUUUGAGGAAGAGUUGGAGCAACUACCGGAGGACUACGAAGACGAGACGUAUCGCGUGGAAGACGAACGCGAAAGCAAGAAUGGCGGUGGCGUCUAUCCGAGUGCGUCGUACUCCAACAAGUUCGAAGGGUUGGACAUGAUGGAGAACGUUGACGAGAUGGGUUUCCCACGGUACGAUCGGCUGGGACACAUCACCAACCCGAACCUGUACAAGUCGGACACGCCUUCGCCUCCGGUGAAACCGGUACGGCAGCGGAAACGGCAAGUCAAGCGAGACGAUCCGGAUUGCGAGUACACGGGAGUUCAGUACACACCGGAAAGUGGUAGCUGCUCGGAGACGAAAGCGGGCCUCUCGGAUGAUGUUUGCUAUUCGAGUGAGGAUAGCUUCGCGGCGGGCUAUACACACGCACUGGUGGGUGGUGCUCGGUAUCAAAAGAACGUGGAGAUUCCGUAUCCGGACUUUUUGUCCGACUACGAGAAUGAGUCAUCUUCGACGACCUGUUCGUAUGCUAGGCGUAUGGAGCAGGAUCGGCACCGGUAUGUGGAGAAGGAACACGGUGGUGCGGAUGCAGCACGAGUCGGCGAGACGGCUGGUUUUGAUCUAAGGGCACUGCCGCCUCCGAUUUUUGUGGAAGGUCAAGGAUUGGAGGAAGAGGAAGACGAAGAAGAGGUUGAGUAUAAUGCAAUCUAAGGGGGCACCGCUGCAAGACUGAGAUGAUUGACAGUUAAAAUCACUUACGAAAUCCAAACGAUACUGAAUCGAAGUAGGCGGGAGAGAUGAAGCAAGUCUAACGAAAGAGAGAAAGAGGAAUACCCCGAGCGCUAUCUAUUAGUGAGAUUUUAUACUGAACGUCAUCGAGUGUGGUUCUCCGUUCUCAUCUGCGGGUGGCAACGGUAGAGCGGACGGAGAGCACGAGAAUAAAAUUUAAACAGAGAGCAACAACGUUUAAGCUAUAUGUCGUUACAUAAGUGGGUUGAAGAUUUUAAGCGCUAAACAGAGAAAGAGAAACGUUAUUAGUGGAUUAUAAAAAUAAUAUACUCUAGCUGUUACUUCACUCUAAUCAAAGUUUAACAAUAUACAUCUAGAUAAAUAGUUUCAAGUAAGAAUUUAUAUCGAACAUUCCCGUAUCAUGGUGGUAGGUAUAGUGUGCAUGGAAGUUUUUGUUAGUUCGUACCCCGCGAGCUAUUAGUUCGUAGAAUGGCCUAUGCAGUUCUUACUGAAUGAUUCAAAACCUUAUCUAGUUUUAUUAAGCGAUUAUCUAUCUUGCCCAACUAUUUAUGUUAUCUUCUGACGAAUUUGAAUGGCAGAAUUUCGUCAUUCAGAAAGGGAGGCAUAAUUUGGUUCCACCGGCGCUCUUAAUUUUGUUCCCCGAACGUAAAAAAUCUGGAACGAAAUAGCCAAACAGCUACGGCAAGAAUCAAAAAGGGUUGUUCCGCAUGCCAUUUAUUACUUGACUUGGUCCCAGUUGUAUACGCACAACUGGGUCUAAGAACAAGUUAUGAAACAUCCAAGCUACCAAAAGUUCUGAACUAAACGGAAACGAGAGACUUUCAAGGUCACAAAGAGUUCAUUUUAAGCUCUAAAGAAGCUUUGCUGCACAGAAGUACUCACGUAAUUUUUGACGACUUCACGUCCAUUCAUGCUGCGUUUCAGAACUCUUAGCAACUUUAAAUUACAAUAUAAAGCUUUACGGAACCCUUGGCAACUUUGUUGUUUAAGACUUUUUGGUAGUAUCCAACGGGGAAAACAGAUCGAAAUGGUGAAUGAAGCGAAAGAAAAUAUAAGAAAAAAAUUCCCCCAGAGCCAGGAUUCGAACCCGCAACCUUUGGGACUCCGGCCCAAUGCACUAACAUUUUAUGGUGCCUCUAAAAUAUCAUAACGUUCCAGAAAGAACAUAUUAUUAUCGUACACUAUCUGCAAAGCGAGAUCACACACAACCGCAGCUGCCACCCAACACGUUUGAUCUAUUUAAUUUCCCCGUUAGAUACCAAGGCCCGAAAUUAUUUGUUGAAUUCGAACGGCAGGUUCGCUCCCGUUAUACCUCUAUUAACUGAACCUGGGACCAGAAAUCGACGGUCUUUAUUAGCUUUGUUAUCCACCGAUGACUUUUGGUAACUUGAGGAACCCCUUGUACGUGUUUUGUAAAAGUAUUUAGUUUCCUAGAGUAUUGUUUGCAUAUUCUCCUUGUGUUGGAUACCAUGUUAUACACCGUAAAACUCCCAUAUGUUUAUUAGUAGAUAUCUCAGCUAGAUUUUAAGAGUUACCCAAACGCUGACUAGUCACUGAAAAUUCAUGCAAAAGAUUCAGGCGUUUGUUAUCUUCAUUAUAGCGAAAAUCUGAAGUAUACUCUAUUUCGAAUGUGAUGUAGCUGAAUAUUAGCCUAAGCUCUACCCAGACGAUCCUUGAUCCGAGCAAACCCGUGCGAUAACUAUGCCAACCUACCCCGUGGUACGCAGCGGAUGGUCAAGUUUUUUAGACAACACACAUGAUUAGCCUUUAGGUAACAGUAAUUCACAGCCAAAGCAUGCUCUAAACAAUUGUUAUAUUCUCACAAAACACAUUAAAUCGAACAAAAAAAAAACAAUUUUAGAUAUUACAUUGUAACGGAAUCUUGCAUUUAUGAAGUGUAGCUAAUUGACGAGAAAAAGGUAUCGAAACGAGAACAUUAUAUAUUAUAAUAGCGAAGGUGGAGUCAGAGAUGUCUAUAAGUAAACGUUGUUAGAAAAAGAAAAGUUUUGCCGAUAUUAACAAGAAAACCUUCUCUUAACAUAGAUCAAUGGGUCGAUCAGUGUUCGUUCUUGUCAAAAUCAUGCGAUUAAUUGUUAUAGGGUUAAAUACCUCUGUCCCAUCCCAGGAAAGGACCAAAGAAGUGACAUUAACCCUCUUAGUCAAGUCACUCCCAACGAUUUCUCAAACCCGCAUCAAAUUGAAACGGUCGGUACGGUUGUCCACGUUUCUUCCUUAUUCAAGGUUCAAAAUAAAUGGUUGAUUAAAUUCUUCACUAAAUGAAUUUUGUUUGUUGUUUGUGUCACAUACCACAUGUGCCACAAACAUUAAUAUUGACAAGAAAAAUUGUAGGCGAACGUCUGCAAUUUUCCAGGAUCUCUACAUGUAUUGGCUGUGUAUGUGUAGACUAGACUAGACUAGCAAAUAAUGCGAUUAAUUGUUAGCACCAAAACGGUCAAGUUUAGUUAUGUUUGAAGUCCUUUCGUUUAGUUCAGCGCUUUGUGAAUAUAAUGAGUAGUACAGUAAGUCUAUAUCUUUAAAACCAUUUAAGUUGUAAUUCGCUGGACUCAGUAUAAAUAAGAACUAAGGCUAUGGGAAGAAUUGGGGUAAAAUACAUUAAAACGGUUCAUGCGAUCAUGAUAACUAUCUCCAAUAGAUUCCUUUCUUUACAUAACAAACAAUAAUUUUAGUCAUCUGCAGUCAAUUUUCUUCCAAGACUUGUUAGUAAAACGAGCUCUCACGUUUCUUGUGGCCAUUCUAUAUGCAAUCGAUUCUCCGGAUUUUUCACUCCAAAAUUUGGCACAAAUACACUUGCAGAACCAUGUUUUACUGUAAACUUCAGUUAUAGAAAAAAUCAAUCAGCUUUCUUCCAUGUUAUAUAGUCAGUAUUGACACUAAACUCAAUCAUAAUGGGAGGAUAACUACAAUAACACAUGGGGCGGUCGUUUGUGAUUGACCCCUUUUUUUGUUUUUAAUUUUCAAAUAUAACUUUUUAAAUACUUUUUCUAGUCAUCAUGACCAUCGUGGCCCAACAAUCCGAGUGCUCUCAGUCAUGACCGGAAUUAUUUCUGUCGACGACCUCUUCCAGGUUCUCUUAUAAGUAUAACUUUAAACGUUUCCGAUUACGGCAUUCGUGGCACAUGCUCAGCCCAAGCACUUGCUAGUCAACUUCUUUCAGUUCCCAUGCGUGAUUGUCGUGCAGAGCAACAGGAAGUAUCAGCGAUUUAAUAGAGUAAGUUGUUUGCUCGUCUAUAGGCUACGGAACUUUAGCUGGAUACGCAAACCAUAGAGAGUUAUAUUCGCUUGCGCGCAAUGCCUUCUUGACUAACGUCAUUAGCACAUGUCACUAGUGUUUCAAGUUUUAUGAAUUUGUUGACAACCUCGUAUACCGCACCCCAUUGAAUUUUAUUGCGUAACCAGCAAUGUUCGAAUUGUAUCGCUCCCUAGCAGCUACUUUGUCUUAUUAGAGUUUAUAGUCAGUUCAACUCGCGCUGCUUCUGUUUUUUUCAAAAGACGCAAAAGUCUCUUCCACUGCUCUGCGAUCAACGUCAAUCAUAUGGAUGUCAUCGACGAAGGCAACAAGUAUAUUAGAUCUCAUGAUGAUAUUUCCGUUGUUUUGCACAUCACUUUCUUAAGCGCUAUAUGGAACAAUAGAUUAGAGAGAGCAUCACUCUGUUUCAAUUCAUCUGACGUUAGAUGGAUUCGCAGGUCUCCCCCGGUAUUUUGAAGCUUGAUUUUAAGCCAUCCAGCAUCAUACGAAUCAGCUUUAGCGGAAAGCCAUGUUCAAGCAUCAUUUGCCACAGUUCGUUUUGUUUCACAGAAUUGGACGCCGCCGUGAAAUCCACAAACAUAUGGUGAGAUCGCAUGUUUUAUUAUCUGAAUUUAUCCAGAAUGGGUUUUUCGUUUACUCGGGAUUCCGAUGGCUUUCACGUGUGACACCCAACAUUUCUGUGGCUGUUACUCUGACCACCUCAUGAACCUGUCGCCACACUGCGUUCAGAUGAUCUCUUGUUGGUCGAUCUUCGAUUCGUUCGAUAAUACCCUAAGACAAUAGUCGUCUGGCUCUCGCCAAUCUUAUAAACCACUUCAUAAUGGUCGAAAUAGAUGUUCAGUCAUCUGAAAGGUCUUCAAUGACAUCGGAGAAAUUUCGACCGUCUAUCAAAACAUGGUCGACAUGCGAGCAAGUUUCGCCAAUCUGGCGUCUCCAGGUAUGUUUCCGAACAAAAGAAGUGCUACAGGUAGCCAUGCCUCUGGCUGUGGUGAGAUUUGGUGGUGGUUGAAUGGUGGUUCUCCUUACCAAUAAUUGGAUUUUUGGGCACUCUUUUAUGUCAUCUUCUGGGCACUUACCGUAGGUCUUGCCUAGACAUUAUCGGGUUUGUUGUUUGUUGGCGCGUAGAUAUUAAUCAAGCUAUAGUUGAAGAACUUGCCCUUUAUCCACAACAUGCAGAUAACUCACCGGCCUCCAUCUAUUGAUCCGCGGACAGUGAUGCCCAACACAACCAAAAACCGAAAAGUUUCGGGACACUCGAUAUAUCAGUUAGCGUUUUAACUUAUCUAUCUUAUAUCCCAUUGUUAGAAUUCUUUGUUAUUCUGAAAUAAAAUUACUGUAGUUUUUUCUGCAAUCUUAUAGAUUAGUUAUUCUGGGGUGACUUUUGCGGAAGAUUCUAUGUACCUAUAUAAAUAUUUAGAUGGAUCGUUCAGCUAUCCCAGUUUUCAAAAAAGCGACAAAUGUAACGUUGAAAAUUAUCGUGGAACUAUUUCGCUCAGAGUAACAAUGUUUGCUUCCUACCGACAUUAUAUCAGCACUUGUCAGAAUCCCUGGCCGUUCGGUGGAAACCAGCCUAGUGAGCUUUGUGUAAUUUUGUAUAGAUAAAUGCGCAAAAAACUUCAAAUUCAUGCGAUUUACACAGAUUUGAAAUCAGCAUUUCACACAGUGGACACGAUACCUUAGUUGCCAAGCAGAAAAAAACUUGGCUACCCGACUAGGUUCUGCGACUGGCUUUGAUCGUAUUUCGUUCAUCGUCAAGUUACUGUUUUCAGCUCUGAAGUUCCUCAAGGUAGUACACUCGGACCACUGCUAUUUCCGCUGUUUAUUGAUGACGUUGCCGCUAUUUCAAGUCCCGGUGGCAAACUAUUUUUCGUUGACAAUCUUAAAACAUGAUUCGUAAUUCGUAAGGAGUCUGACUGUCUAGUACUACAAACCGUUCUGAUUGCUAGCAGUGACUGGUGUGUGCUGUAGGGGAAGAUGGGGUAAAACGCACCCCUAUUCUUCAAAAUCAAUAAAAAUUACCUUUUGAAAAAUAAGCGGGGCAAAACGCACCUGUGCGGAGGUAAACUCCUCGGCGAACAAGCAAGUAGUUUUAUUUUCUGACGGGAUUUCACAAAAAUAUGCUAUUAAAUGCCUUAGGUUAUGCAAUUAGUAGGUUUUCAGAAUGAUUUUUCUGUUUUCGAUUAAAAAACCAGCAGAAUCAAAAAAGAGGGCAUUUUGCCCCUGAUGAAGCAGAGAUAUAAAUUUACCGCAAAAAAAAAUUCUGCGAAUUUUCAGCUGUUUCCGAUAUAAGCAAGGGGUGCAUUUUUCCCCGGGGGUGCGUUUUACCCCAUCGAACUAGGAACAUCAUCCCUUUUGAUUAUAAUAUUCCUGGAAAUCAUGAUGAGGAGGUUUUAUGCCUGCUGGAGAGAGAGAGUUAAAAAAAAAUUCAGCUCCAGCGGGCUUUUCCCUGCUCCCAAAUAAACAAAACUAUCUGAGAAAAAAAAUUAGCUACAACGUAUUGAGUACAAUAAAGUCCUCGGAGUAACACUGAAUUACAAGCUAACUUAUCAUCGUUACUUCUAUUCUAUAAUAUAAUUAUUAUCGAUGAGGCUAAUCGACAACUGGUAUUCAUGUUUAAGAUCGACAGUGAAUUUCGCGAUCCUUUAUGUUUUAAAGCUCUUUACUGUUCGUUGGUGCGCUCGAUGCUAAAAUUUUGCAAUAUCCACCACGCUGUGUGGAUCAAUAGGAUCGUAGACGUUCCGAUAAGCGCUGCGUUUCUUGCCUUCGGAUGAUGACCGCUGUCGUUUGUUAGGCCUACACACUAGAGUGACAAGAAAAAAAUAACCCCUAUCGGUUCACCUCUGGAUCGGUUGCUAAUCCCACCAGGAGUACUUGCACCAAAUUUGAAGCAAAUAGGACAAGUCUAACUACCGGACCAACGUGCCCGAAGUUUGUAUGGAAUUUUUCGAAAAUUUACAUGGAGGAAUUCCACUAGCUCGCAUUUCCAGCGCUAGGUGGCACAGUAUGCAUCGUAUAAUCACUGUAAAUUAAAAUAAGAAAGAUAAUUUUUCUACAACUUUGUCGAAGACUGCAAGUCGAUCCGCCUUUGUUAAAAAAAGUUAUUAAACUUAACGAAGGUAUGUCUAAAUCAGUUUUGCAUGGAGCUUAGCAGUGCAUGGUUGUGUAUCAGUACUCAAUUCUCACGAACUAAACAUGUAUGUGAAAUAAUGGUAAGGUUUGACUCAAUAGCACGUUAAGUAGUAUUAUAGUAAAUAGUAUGAGUCAUGUUUUGGUUGGAAUAUUUUAGUUCCACAUGUUACCGCAUAGAAGGCGCUAACACUAACUUUUCAACGGAGAAAGAUAGAAAUUAGGUGUCUUCUACAAAGUUGUAGAACAGGCAUUUUGCAGUUAAUCUUCCAAACAUCUCGAUAUUCUGUCGCUGUUUUAUGAAAAGGUAGUGUUGGCGCCCUCUAUGCGGUUACAAGUGAAACUAAAAUUUUCUAACCAGGGGCCCUAUUCUCACAGUCAUGUCACCUAGUGACUAGAAGGAAAUUUUGUUCUAGUCACUAGGUGACGUGACUAUGAUAAUAGGGCCCAGAACAUAAGUCGUAUUAUUACUUCAAUUCUUCUGAACAUACUUUCAGCUAAAUCUAACCAUUAUUUCACAAAAAUGUUUAGUUCGUGAGAAACGAGUACUGAUCCAUAACCAUGCACUGCUAGGCCGUAUUGGUAUGUGUUGGAAGGUAUACGAUAAAACCAGUAUUCUGACCUUUUCUCUAUAUAUAAUGGUUUCUACCGCAUCUACGGAUUACAUAUUACGGUGCUGAACAUACUUAUUUGUGUUAAUAUCAAUUUUGGGACAAAAGUUGUCUUGAUAAUUUGUGUCAAAUUAUUGUACGAAAAUGUUUAUUGUUUAUGUAAUUCCAUUUUUGGCCAGAACACUUUGUUACCGCAAAAAUGUCGAACUUUCCAGCAAAAGUGUCAUAUUGCAAUGGACAGUAGUAUCAGCAGAUAAAUAGUGUCUUCCAAACUAGCUGUUAUACAAUGUUUUGGAAGAAGAAAAAAAUUAUUGUCGAAUAAAAAAAUCUUCAUAAAAAUGGGAGUAUUUAAAGGCUGUUCGUACUGGACUGCACAUCUGGACACAGUUUUAAAAUUGUUACUCAACCAAAUUACCGCUAAAUACGAUUUUGUUUGUUCAUAAACAAUACAUAUACAAACGUUAAUCGUAGACAUUGUUUUGACAAGAGCUUUCCAUUUUCAAGAUGGCGUCGUCUAAAUUGGCACGCAAAAGAGCAAUAUUGCGCUAAUAUUUAGAAAAUCGCAAUCUUACUAUAAAAUAUUGCUUCAAAAAAUCCACUAUCUUUCUGGGCCUGAAUUUUAUGCUGCAACUAGUCGAAAAGAAGCUUCCGAACGACUUAAACGCUCAAAAGUAGCUUGUAUGGCAAGCUAUAUGUUCUUGUGGGUUGAAAUCGAAGACAUUCGUAAACGAUGAAAUUUAUAGACAGGAGUGUCCUAAAAACGAUUAUUGCUGAAUCUUAUCUGAAUGUGGCACACAUUGUUCUGGCCUGAUUCAUCCAGAUGCCAUUACGCUAAGGACACGAUUGCAUGGUAUGAACCGUCUUGCUUAUGGUCCUAAGGAUAGUAAUCCAACUAAAUGCCCUAAUCUACGUUUGAUCAAAACAUACUGGUCGAAUGUGAAGGGAAACCAUAAGAAGCUUGUUGGGAAUGUAUUAACAAUCCCAUAAUUUCGAUUCAAGUGGCUCAGUGCUGCGAAGAAAGCUGGAAAGGACACUGUGUGAAUACUAUAGAAAGGCUCAAAAGUAAAGUGCGCUCAAUAGCUUUUACACUCGAUUCCGUAUAAAGAAAUAAAGAUUUUAUUGUGAUAGGACUUUAAGUUAGGGCAAUGCCAAGGUGUCUUCAGUAAAAUUUCAAAGAAUCCAAAUCAGUUAGAAUUAGACUCCAUGAAACUUUGCUGAAAACACCUAUGCAAGUAAACGUCACGGAAAGCCAAUACAUACUUCAAACCCUGUGCGUCGCUGCUGUUUAUCAAGCACUGCAUAACCCACUCCAUGGUCUGCCUUCUCAUCGUCACAGUAGUAGAUGUGGUACUUGAACGAGUUAUUCGACGGUUGGAGUUAUUUUAUUUAUUUUUAUUUAUUUAUAUGACGUUACAUGAAUUAAUUUGAUACAAUCUGAUCAACCAUUCUUAUCCAUAACACUCGCUUCGCGACCGCCUCGCUCCACACACGGUUGCGUCCGCUACCGUCUAGAUCAAUUCGCGAUCCUUCAAUGCAUCGGAAAGUAUGCGGGUGCCGCCCCUAACAUGAGGAAUAGACGCUGUUGUGAGCCGCUCCUAACAUGGAGAACAGACGCUCCGCUCCAGGUUUGCCGUAGCAAACCCCCCCCCAUCCCUGUCUGCGUACGAUCAUAGAUUCCAUCGGGGUUGGUUACCCUAUCUCCACUAUAGUUGCUCGUACCUUGGGCAGUACCGCGAGGAGGUAGGGAUAGGAGUUGCAUGGGCGUAAGCUAAGGACAACGCGUGGGGUCUAUUUUAUUCAUUCAGAUACGCAACCUAACCAUUUAGCAACCCUCACGGUUGGAGUUAUUGAGCGAAAUUCUCGUUCUACUGUUCCACGCUGUUGAACUUUUUGAUGGAUUUCCACAAUAACUUUUGCAGCUCCAGCUCAAAUGGGGCGGCUUUCAUAGAUUACAACACGGUUUUGACGUAGUAUCGAGUUUCUGCUAAAGCUAUUGUGUCCUUUGCCGAUUCAUCGUGUAUCUAUUAUUACAUUUUUGUGGUGUUUAAUUGGCAUGCCGCUAUACCAGAGCUUUGACACCCAAACUCAUAACAGUGUUGCCAUCUUGAACACAGGUGACGUGGCACCGCAUUUCUCCUUCAGUCGACCCGUUCGGGGACAGACGCUGUUUAGAACUGCUCCUAACAUGAAGAACAUAUGCUCUGCUUCAGUAUUAGGAGUCCCCUUCCCAGUGAACAUACUAUCAAAGAUUAGACCCGUGUUGGUUAACCGAUCUUCACCAAGGUUGCUCGUACCUUAGAUGGCACUGCAAGGAGAUAAGGAUACAAACUCUGUAUCGUGGUGAAUGACCACACAAAAUGAUCUCAUGUUGCGCAUGAUACAGCUUCGUCAACGAUAUAUUAUAUGGGAUUCAGAAAGCACAAAUCUCGUAUAUUCUUGUGGUUCAUAUUCUGCAUUAUUUUGUACCUUUGCAUCUCCUAGACAUUCUCAGUGUAGUUUUGUGUUGUGCCAGUUGUAUUUAGUUGCGAUACUCUCACAAGAGCGCUGGACGGCACUGAGGUCCAUCUUCUUGAUACAAUUCCGUUUCCUAGUGGUCAACUGCUUCGUAUUCUUGGACGGCCAAUUAUGUUUCUACACUAGGACACUGAGAGAGCCGAUAAAAUCCUCAAUGGAACGGAACUGGGGCAAGUUGGUCGGGUUCCUUUCUUUUGGCACAUACGGUAUCUUUUUCUGCUCAAGAUACUCCAGCGUCUUCUUGGCGUAAUGGGAAGACGCCUUGUCCGGUCAGAAGACGUACUUCCCAUCCGCAUGAUGCUUCUUUAAGAAUGGCAGAAGAAUUUUCUCAAGACACUCCUCCUGGUACACUUGUUGAUUGAUGGUCAUACCGCUCGGCUUAAACCACGGCUUUGAAAUCCCUCUGUUCGAUAUGGCGAUGCACAGCAUAACUUUUUUUUAAAUUUAUACUAAAAACUUAUAUUUUACUUCGGGGGGUGUUGCCGACAUGUCGCUGGAAUAUGUCAUUUCCUGGAAUGUUGGUCUUCGAGAGCGGAAGGUAACUUUCGUCGUCCAGCACGAACGACGUCCCGCGGUAGUUCUUCGUCAUCCACUGGCACUGCGAGUUAACGAUCGCUAUCUGCUCGUCUGUGUACUUGGGAAACUGAUUCUUCUUCCUACAGAUGAUGUCCUCCAUCUUAAGGGUUCGGCGAAUCAAUGUAUGGAAGCAGUGAUAUUUUCAGCCGGCGUCACGCAAACUAGUUCCGUCCUUGUCGUCGAACAGAUUUUUCAACGCUUUCUUCUUUUUCUUCGUCAUUAUCUUUGCCGGACGGCCGCUACCGGCCUUCCGCUCCAUGCUCAGGGAUGCCAGGAUCCGGUAAGCUGUACUCACGGGCACGUUUUCGUCUCGAAAGUGGUCUAUCGUAAACUUUUUUCCACGAUGACAGUGCGUUUCGUAAAACCGCACAACACGCUCGCGGAAUGCUUGCUGUUUCGACGCCAUCUUCGAUUGAACUGACAGUACCCGAGCAAAAAGAAACAUGCCACCCAUUUCUAGGGAGUCCAGAGAGCAAAUCUCUCGGAGAGAAAAAAAAAUGCGCUCUUUACUUUAAUUACAGAAAGGUAUUGAAAUAAUUCUCAUUUUUUAUUGAACACCCAUUAGCCUGACUUUCGAUUCACUUGUCAGUGCCAUUUGAACAAAUUCAAGCUACGUACAUAUACGUACCGCUGUUUGCUUUUGCAUCGGAGUUAUCCUGAAAACUAAUUCGUCUGACGAAGGGUUCCAGAGCAGCUUUGUUUGUUUAAUGGUGUCAUUUGCUCCUCUAAUAUUUUCAAAGCUUCUUGCUGCUCUCGUAGCUCUUUGGACUUUUUUUUCUAGAAACUCGGUUAAUUUAGAAUCUUGUGUUCUAUUUUAAAUCGGUACGGUACGCUUUCAAUCGGAAGCAUCUCUGAAUCUAUUUGUUUUAAAAUAAAAUUAAAGAAUAAAAUAAAGUAUCACAUGAUACCUACUUCGAAAAAAAUGAAAAUAUUUCUCACUUCUAGAAAGAAUAAUCAUUAAAAACACAACAUUCAAAGAAAGGGAGUGAAACGUUCAUAAUCUUCUCCGAAGGUAUCUUUAACCUAAACAUAGCCGUUUUGUAAUUAAGGUAAUUGAUCGAAUGAUUUUGACUAAAAAAAAACCCUGUGGAUCAGUCGAAAUAGCGAAUAUUAAACUUAAAACUAUUCUUACACAUUGACGAUUGAUUGUUCCGGCAUGAAGCAACCUUUUCAAAGGAAAAAUAAAUCUUUAACAGCCACUGAUAAUAAAGUAAAACAAAUGUGUCAAAUUUUCGUCCUUUACCUGUUAUAUUAUUCGUUUUGUAAAAUCCGUGUUUUGUGGUAGUUUGACUACUUCUAACGUACCUAUAAAUGUGUAAACCAAAUUUUAAUUAUAUUAAAAGUUGUCGCUAUGCUAGGUUCUAAUUAUCAGGUAUUUUUUUAAACGCAACUGAAAAAUUUAACACGACAGCGCAAUAUAAGAAUACGAUUUAUAAAUACACGUAUGAGCGAGAAUAACAAAACUUAUUUUGUACUGACUUUUUAGUCCUCUAGGAUAAUUUAUUCUUACAUCUCAAUUAUGACAUUGAUAUAGUUUAUAGAAAGAACGUUAGAAUGAAUUCUUUUCAGAAGCAAAUAUUGACUAUAUUGAAAAGUUUAACAACUGAUUGUAAUGUCGAAACUGGUUCGGAUAAUAACGAAAUUCGAAGCGAGCAGCGAAUAGAGUAUCACUGAACUAAGGGAAGCAAAAUGCCAAAAGUAAACUUUCAUAAAAUGAUUAUUACACCAUCAAUGCAUCCCUUCCAAAUUGUUUUCCAAUCCGAGAAACGAACCAAAACAUACCACACCAGCUGUUAAUAAACAAGAAGAGUAGCCCUUCAUUUAAGCUUAACUUAUUUGAGAGAGAGAAAAAAAGAAACAAAAUAAAAGGCACUCACAAUAAGUAAAAAAAUAGACAGUAAAUUCAGCUGAUAAUGGAACAACAGAAAGCAAAACAGAAGCAGCCAUUCACGGUCGAUUCCAAUUAAGUGACAAACAUAACAUAAUGGUAUAAUAAAUAGCAAGUUUGGAAACUUUAAA